CAAAAAACCCUAGUACAUUCAUCUUGCUCAUCCUCUCCAAACUCAUCCAUUUAUUCAAACCCAAAGAUGGAACUUUCUCCAUCCUCCACCUUCUUUCCUCUGGCUCUCCUCCUCUUUAUCACUCUCAAACUCUUGUCCCAAUGGCUAAACCAGCCCAAAAACCUGCCACCAAGUCCGCCUGCCAUCCCCAUCAUCGGCCACCUCCACCUCCUGAAAUUCCCCCUCCACCACACCCUCCACGCCCUCUCCCAAACCUACGGGCCCAUCUUCUCUCUCCGCUUGGGCUCCCGCCAGGUGGUCGCCGUCUCGUCAGCGGAAAUCGCUGAAGAGUGCUUCACCGCAAACGACGUCGUGCUCGCCAACCGCCCUGCCUUUCUCCUCAACAAGCACCUCGGCUACAACGCCACCACCGUCAUCUCCUCCCCUUACGGUGACCACUGGCGCAACCUCCGCCGCAUCUGCGCCCUCGAGAUCUUCUCCUCCACCCGCCUCGAUGGCUUCUUGCCCAUCCGGAGGAACGAAAUCAAGCGGCUCCUCCUAAAACUCCACAAGAUCUCAUCCAGUGAUCAAGCGCUUGAUGAGGGCUUCACAAAGGUGGAACUAAAAUCGAUGCUCUCAGAGCUGACGUUUAACAUCAUAGUGCGGAUGGUGGCUGGGAAGAGAUACUAUGGUGAGGACGUGAGUGAUGUUGAGGAGGCAGCGUCGUUCCGGGAGAUACUGAAGGAGAUCGCGAUGUACGGCGGGGCUUCGAAUCCAGGGGACUUCUUGGGGGUUUUGAGGUGGGUCUUCAGGGGUUUCGAGAAGAGAGUGUUGAGGCUCAGCAAAAGAACGGACAAGUUCUUGCAAAACUUGAUUGAAGAAUUCAGAAAAAGUGAUAAGAAUUAUGGUUGUGGUGGUUCAGAGAGCAAGAGCACUAUGGUGGAUCACUUGCUGUCGUUGCAGGAGUCACAACCGGAGUAUUACACUGACCAGAUCAUCAAAGGGCUUAUGCUGGUUAUGUUUUCAGCCGGUACAGACACUGCAGCUGUGACACUUGAGUGGGCAAUGUCGGAGUUACUCAAUCAUCCUCAUGCUCUGAAGAAAGCUGUUGAGGAGUUGGAUGCUGUAAUUGACAAGCAGCAAUUGGUAGAUGAAGCCAACGUAUCGAAGCUUCCCUAUCUACAAAACAUUAUAUCCGAAACCCUGCGAUUACAUCCAGCAGCUCCACUUCUCGUCCCACACAUGUCCUCGGAGGAUUGCUCCAUAGGUGGAUACAACGUAUCUCGUGAUACUAUAGUAUUAGUCAAUGCAUGGGCCAUUCAUAGGGACCCAAGAUUGUGGGAUGACCCGACGAGUUUUAAGCCGGAGAGGUUUGAAAAUGGAGAAGUCGGGCCCCACAAGUUGUUGCCGUUUGGGCGUGGAAGGCGAGCAUGUCCCGGAGCCGGAUUAGCUAACCGGGUAGUGAGCUUAGCUUUAGGGUCUUUGGUUCAGUGUUUUGAAUGGAAGAGAGUGAGCGAGGAAUUGGUGGACAUGGCUGAAGGAAGAGGCAUAACUAUGCCAAAGGUGGUGCCCUUGGAGGCCAUGUGUAAACCACGUACCGUCAUGGCCAACAUUAUCGAUCAAUGAGAAGCGACGGACACAUUGCUUGUCCUACUAUUUAUGUUUAUACCAUUUGUAAAAUGUAAUGAAACUUGAUAGAAGUACACUUUCAUAUGAUAACGCAGUGUGUUGAGACUUAUUUAUAAAGUUAAUCUCUUAA